AUGGGUCGUCUUCACAGCAAGGGAAAGGGCAUUUCGUCCUCCGCCAUCCCCUACUCUCGCACUCCCCCGGCCUGGCUCAAGACCACCCCCGACCAGGUUGUCGACCAGAUCUGCAAGCUCGCUAAGAAGGGUGCCACUCCUUCGCAGAUUGGUGUUGUCCUCCGUGACUCGCACGGUGUUGCCCAGGUCAAGGUUGUUACUGGUAACAAGAUCCUCCGUAUCUUGAAGUCGAACGGCCUCGCUCCCGAGCUUCCCGAGGACCUUUACUUCUUGAUCAAGAAGGCCGUCUCCGUCCGCAAGCAUCUCGAGCGCAACCGCAAGGACACUGACUCCAAGUUCCGCCUGAUUCUCAUCGAGUCCCGUAUCCACCGUCUGUCUCGCUACUACAAGACCGUCGGUGUCCUCCCCCCUACCUGGAGAUACGAGUCCGCCACCGCCAGCACCCUGGUCGCUUAA